AGGACGGGGCGGGUGGAGCGGAGCACCCGCCCGAGCGCUUCCUCUGAACGCUCGCUCGGAAGCGGGCUUCGGCCGCUGCCAGAGGAUGCCCUUCUCCGCCGCGGCGUUCCGCGGGCGGCCUGGCAAAGCGGCGGCACGGCGCGGCUGAGCCCCGGCUCCGCGAUCCAGGUUUGCUUCUCAGGCUGCUUUUGACUUCUCUGGACAGUAGCAACACACUGAAUCGGACAUGAUUCUUCCCAGCUCUACUGCUGCAGAUGGAAUUCUGACUACAAGGAAUGAAAAUUGAUAGGACUUAUCGGUGCUCAUUCUGCUAUAGCCUGGCAAGUCUCUGAUCAGCAGCAAAGGAUACCUGCAAACAAAAACGAAGUGGAAGCCAUUAACAUACGUUGUUCAGAGAGAACACUAAAUCAACACAAUAUGGCACAGCAUAGUGUUGUCCUUGGAUUAUUCAUGAUGAUGGUUUUAUCACUGUUGGAUGGAAGUUCAGCUUUCCUGUUAAAUCAGCGUCUGAAAGGAAGAUUUCAAAGAGACCGUAGAAACAUCCGCCCAAACAUCAUCCUUGUUCUUACUGAUGAUCAGGAUGUAGAACUUGGUUCUAUGCAAGUGAUGAAUAAAACAAGACGGAUCAUGGAGCAUGGAGGUGCUCAUUUCAUCAAUGCCUUUGUGACAACACCAAUGUGCUGCCCAUCUCGCUCCUCCAUUCUUACAGGGAAAUACGUCCACAACCACAACACCUACACUAACAACGAGAACUGUUCUUCUCCAUCCUGGCAGGCUCAGCAUGAAAUACGUACUUUUGCUGUGUACCUCAACAACACAGGAUAUAGGACAGCUUUCUUUGGAAAGUACCUUAAUGAAUAUAAUGGUUCCUAUGUGCCUCCUGGUUGGAAAGAAUGGGUUGGAUUACUUAAAAAUUCCCGAUUUUACAACUACACACUCUGUAGAAAUGGAGUGAAGGAGAAGCAUGGAUUUGACUACUCCAGGGAUUAUCUCACUGAUCUGAUAACCAAUGACAGUAUUACCUUCUUCAGAAUAUCAAAGAAGAUGUAUCCUCACAGGCCUGUUUUGAUGGUUAUAAGCCAUGCAGCUCCUCAUGGCCCUGAAGAUUCAGCCCCUCAAUAUUCACAUCUCUUUCCUAAUGCUUCACAACACAUCACUCCUAGCUAUAACUAUGCUCCAAACCCAGACAAGCACUGGAUAAUGAGGUAUACGGGUCCCAUGAAGCCUAUACACAUGGAGUUCACUAACAUGUUACAGAGAAAGCGCCUUCAAACACUCAUGUCUGUGGAUGAUUCUAUGGAGAUGAUUUACAACACACUGGUUGAAACUGGUGAACUGGACAAUACAUAUAUAAUAUACACAGCAGAUCAUGGUUAUCACAUUGGUCAGUUUGGGCUGGUGAAGGGAAAAUCGAUGCCAUAUGAGUUUGAUAUCAGAGUUCCUUUCUACGUCCGAGGGCCAAAUGUGGAGGCUGGGUCCUUGAAUCCUCACAUUGUGUUGAAUAUUGAUCUCGCACCUACGAUUCUGGAUAUUGCUGGAUUGGAUAUUCCAUCUGAUAUGGAUGGUAAAUCUAUUCUAAAACUUCUGGAUUCUGAGAGACCAGUGAAUAGGUUCCAUUUAAAGAAGAAGAUGAAAGUGUGGAGAGACUCAUUUCUAGUGGAGAGAGGUAAGCUGCUGCAUAAGAGGGAAAAUGAGAAGGUAGAUGCCCAAGAAGAAAACUUUCUACCCAAAUACCAGCGUGUGAAAGACCUUUGUCAGAGAGCUGAGUAUCAAACAGCUUGUGAACAGCUUGGCCAGAAAUGGCAGUGUGUGGAAGAUGCCAGUGGGAAGCUCAAAUUGCACAAGUGCAAGGGAAUGAUGAACUUGGCAGGCAACAACAAAGGCACUUCCAAUCUUUUGCCCAAGUACUACAGCAGGAAUAGUGAAGACUGCAAUUGUGAAGAGAAUGAAUACAAGCUGAGCCACACAGGACGGAGGAAGAAGCUCUUCUCCAAGAAGAAAUACAAACCAAGCUAUGCUCGGAAUCGCUCUACCCGCUCUGUAUCCGUUGAGCUGAACGGGGCUGUUUUUAACUUGGGUUUAGAGGAUGGAUACCAACCUGUCUUACCAAGAAACAUCACCAAGCGACACAAGAUGCAGAGGGCUGUUCUUCACGAGGAGGAAGACAAAGACAUGGCUGAGUACAGUGGCACUGGAGGCAUUGCAGAGUACGCAGCCCCAAACCUGAUAAAAGUGACACACAGGUGCUACAUCCUGGAGAAUGACACCGUUCAGUGUGACACUGAUCUGUACAGGUCACUGCAAGCUUGGAAGGACCACAAACUUCACAUCGACCACGAGAUUGAAACUUUGCAAAAUAAAAUAAAAAACCUGAGGGAGGUGAGAGGACAUCUGAAGAAGAAGAGACCCGAGGAGUGUGACUGUAACAAGAUAAGUUACCAUUCAAAACACAAAAGCAAACUGAGGCACAAAGGAUCUAAUCUUCACCCUUUCAAGAAAGCCCUACAGGAGAAAGACAGGCUGUGGCUGCUUCGAGAGCAAAGACGAAAGAAGAAACUGCGCAAACUGCUGAAGAGAAUAAAAAACAAUGACACGUGCAGCAUGCCUGGCCUGACCUGCUUCACCCAUGACAACCAGCACUGGCAAACCGCGCCCCUGUGGACACUGGGUCCUUUCUGUGCUUGUACCAGUGCCAACAACAACACAUACUGGUGUUUGAGGACAAUCAACGAGACCCACAACUUCCUCUUCUGUGAAUUUGCUACUGGAUUCUUGGAGUAUUUUGAUCUCAAUACUGACCCUUAUCAGCUCAUCAAUGCAGUGAAUACGCUAGAUAGGGAAGUUCUCAAUCAACUGCACGUCCAGCUCAUGGAACUAAGAAGCUGCAGAGGGUACAAACAGUGCAACCCAAGAACUAGGAACAUAGAUCUGGGACUCAAAGAUGGAAGCUACGAGCAGUACAGGCAGUUUCAGCGUCGAAAGUGGCCAGAUGUGAAGAGACCAUCAUCUUCUAAGUCACUAGGACAACUGUGGGAAGGAUGGGAGGGCUAACUGCUUCAACUGCUGGACCUCAGCAAGGAUAUGAACUGGCCAGAACUUGAAUUCGUGUACAGACUAAGCAAAAAUGUGUAUGAUUUCAGAAGAAUUUUAAUGUUAGCCUGGAGGACUGGAUGAACUUGGAGGCCAAAACAGUGUUUGCACUGGUGAGCGAAUUAAAUAGAUGAAGUGAAAUUACAGGAACCUGCUGCCAGGAAUACAGGUCUCUUUCAGAUCCACUCUUGUACCUGCUUUUUGCUUUGGAUUAUACCUCACCUGCUGCACAAGGCUUUUUACUUCAAGAAGACGCCACUAACUCUGUUCCAGGAAUUGACAGAAGAGGAAAUACAGCUGCAUCCCAAAGAGGAUUGCCAUCCCAGUGGGCAAAGUGUCCUCAAAGACAGUGGUAGUAAACUGUGUUUCAGUGCAACUAUGGCUUUGGAUGUAAGGAGACAAAUUUCAAUGCCAAGUAUGUCAUGGACACUUCUGCUUCCAACAGGGGUAAAGUUAACAGUGGAAAAAAAACCACGUAAGAGAUUCAGGAAUUCAAGUGAGCACCACUGAGUAUUCUCAAUACCGUCAUCUCUCAAAUUUCCUCCUCUGAGGAUAUGUUUUAGUUCCAUGUCUACUUGUCCAUCCUAUUGACACCUCUAGGAAAAUUAGAGAAAAUCUUGACUGACAGGAUGUCAUAUUUUUGGAGGGGUUAUGUAAAUAUCCAUCAGCAUACUGUUUAAAAAUAAUUUCCUUCAGGUUGUGAAGAAUUUUGUUAAUAAAAGUGUGGAAUGCCCACAUACCAUUUCUCAAAACGUUACUUAAUGUUGCAUAGCACAUUUCAGCAUUCAUCCGGUUUUAGAAGUACAGAAGUUUCAGUAAAUGUACAUCCUACAUUUUAAUGAAAUCAAAUUUGUAUCAGGUUUUUUUGUGGCUAGUACUAUAUUGUGUGUUCAAGACCAAAACAAUUUGUUUGAGAAAGGACCAUUUGCUUAGUAGUGCAAUUUUUAGACUUAUUUUUUAAAAUAGGCUUCUCUGAGAAGUUCAAAAUCACGACCAAUAACUUAUGACCUAGUUAUAGUUCAGUCUACAGUAGAUGUUCUCAAUGAAAGUUAUUGCUUAAAAGCUUAUAAAAGAAAAAAAUCCAACAUUUUACUAAGGAAGCACAGUGUACAGAGUCUAUUUGAGUAUCUUAGUAAUGAUGCUAUUAAAUACACUGUAGUACAGGCAGCACUAGCAGUGCUACUUCUAUCAUUUUUUCCACAUUAGUCUGCUAACUAACUGCUCUAGAGGCACAUGCAAUGGCAAGCUCAUGGUAACAACCAACUGUGGCCUUGACCCUUAACAAAGAGAGGUAUAUUUCUGCAAAACACAAACUUGCACUUCUGGCAACAGUGUGAAGAUACAUCAAAGAAAUGACUUUUGAUACUCUGCAUAGUAGGUCAUUCAAGAGGAAUUCCCUUAUUUCACAGGGGAUGCAGAUCUGGCACCACACCCCUGCUCUUGAAAAUAUGCUUGAACCAACAUGGGCCUAUGUAGUAAAACUUGCUUGUAUGUACUAUACAGUAAAAAUAGGUUUGAUCUUGUAUGUGCAUCACACAUGAAUGAGUCAAAUACAUUUCCAAAUUUUUCUUGCAAAA